GAAUCCUAUAUACACAUCCCCAUCUCCUCACUCCCAUCUCAAGGCUCAUCCACACAAACACCCAACCAACAUCACCUCACUCACCAGUCACCACCAUUGCCGCGCUGCAGAGCAGAUCGACCCAUCGGCACCGGCUAGACACCACCUCGUGCAACACCAUGGACCAGUACAGCUACGGCGGCGGCGACGGCGACCAGGCCGGCCAGGGCGGGUACGCGACGGUGACGUCGGCGCCGCCCAAGCGGCCGGCGGGGCGGACCAAGUUCCGGGAGACGCGCCACCCGGUGUACCGCGGCGUGCGCCGGCGCGGCGCGGCCGGGCGGUGGGUCUGCGAGGUGCGCGAGCCCAACAAGAAGUCCCGCAUCUGGCUCGGCACCUUCGCCAGCCCCGAGGCCGCCGCCCGCGCCCACGACGUCGCCGCGCUGGCCCUGCGCGGCCGCGCCGCCUGCCUCAACUUCGCCGACUCGGCCACGCUGCUCGCCGUCGACCCCGCCACGCUCCGCACCCCCGACGACAUCCGCGCCGCCGCCAUCGCGCUCGCCGAGACCGCCUGCCCCGCCGCGCCCGUGGCCGCCGAGGCGUCCGCGCCGGCGCCCGCGAUGAUGGCGAUGAUGCAAGAGCCCUCGGCGGUGGAGUAUGACGACUACCCGAUGCAGUACGGCGGCAUUGGGGACUUCGACCAGCAUUCGUACUACUACGACGGGUUGAGCGCCGGCGGCGGCGACUGGCAGAGCAGCUCGCACAUGGACGGAGCCGACGACGACUCAAACUGCGGCGGUGGGUACGGCGCCGGCGAGGUCCCACUUUGGAGCUACUGAUCGAGCUUCUCGAUUGGGCCAUUCUUCAUCUCGAUUGGCUUGCUCCGAUGGGGCUGCUGUACAACAUCAGCGUAGGAUAAAGAAGAAGAAGCAGAGUUAGUCGGGAGCUUCAGUUCUGAAGUAGUAGUAGUAGUAUUUAUGUGUUCGUAAAGCAGAGAGAGAACGGGAAUGCAAAUUGCAUCAGCCUGUUUCCCUCCUUAUUUUUUUUCAUUUUUUGAUAAUUCUUUUGUUGGCUGGAAAUUUUGUAACAUGUGUUGGAGUAGAGUAAUAAGAGACGAACUCUGCUUUAUUAA